AGUUCAGUGUUUCUCUACUCAUCAACAGGGUCUGAGAUUCACCUUUCUGCUGUGAUCAAUCUGGACUAAAAUCACAACUGACACAGGAGAGAAAUACUGCCUUAACACAACUACAGAAGGAAACACUGUCAUUUACAAAGACUAACUCACUGCUGACCUAAUCAGUACGUUUUAAAAGUACGUUUUGAAAGUAAACUUCAGACUACAACAGGAGGGUGUGACUGGGUGAGAAAAUGGCGUCCAGCUCGUCUCUCCCAGAGGAGGAUCUCUCCUGUCCUGUGUGCUGUGACAUCUUUAAAGAUCCUGUCUUCCUGUCAUGUAGCCACAGCUUCUGUAAAGCCUGUCUGCAGGAAUACUGGAAGGAAAAGAAAGAAAGAGAUUGUCCAGUUUGCAGAAGAAAAUCAUCAAAGGAUUCCCUUCCCCUCAACCUGGCUCUGAAGAACCUGUGUGAGUCCUUCUUACAGGAGAGACGUCAGAGAGCUUCAGCAGGGUCUGAGGUGCUCUGCAGUCUGCACAGUGAGAAACUCAAGCUCUACUGUCUGGAUGAUAAACAGCCAGUGUGUGUGGUGUGUCAGACCUCCAAAAAACACAAAAACCGUGACUGCUGCCCCAUCGAUGAAGCUGCACAGGAUCACAAGGAGGAACUCCAGCCUGCUCUGAAGUCCUUACAGGAUCAGCUACAGGUCUUUAAUGAAGUUAAACAAACCUGUCAUCAAACAGCAAAUCACAUUAAGGUCCAGACCCAGCACACAGAGAGGCAGAUUAAGGAGGAGUUUAAGAAGCUUCACCAGUUUCUACAAGAGGAAGAGGAGGCCAGGAUAGCUGCACUGAGGAAGGAGGAGAAGCAGAAAAGUCAAAUGAUGAAGAAGAAGAUUAAGGGGUUGAGCAGAGAGAUAUCAACACUUUCACACACAAUCACAGCCAUAGAGGAGGAGCUGAGAGCUGAAGACAUCUCAUUCCUGCAGAACUACAAGGACACAGUGAAUAGAGCCCAGUCCACUCUGCCGGAUCCACAGCUGGUCUCAGGAGCGCUAAUAGACGUGGCCAAACACCUGGGCAACCUGACCUUCAGAGUCUGGGAGAAGAUGCAGGUCAUUGUCACACACACUCCUGUGACUCUGGACCCCAACACUGCCGACCCACACCUCAUCCUGUCUGAAGAUCUGACCAGUGUGAGACUCAGUCAGGAGAGACAGCAGCUUCCUGACAACCCAGAGAGGUUUGAUUGUGAUCUGUUGAUCCUGGGCUCUGAGGGCUUUAACUCAGGGACACACAGCUGGGAUGUUGAGGUUGGAGACAGUACAGAGUGGUACUUGGGUUUGGAACCAGAGUCUAUCCAGAGGAAGGGGGUCAAAAUGGGUGGACGCAGGGGAAUCAAGUGCUUUCAUGGUUCAUAUAGCGCAGGAUCCUCAGGAUCUCUAUCCUUUGCUCUCAUAGUGAGACAGAAACCCCAGAGGAUCAGACUGCAGCUGGACUGGGACAGAGGAAUGCUGUCAUUCUCUGACCCUGAUAGAAACACACACCUGUACACAUUCACACACAUAUUCCGGAGAGAGAGACUUUUACCAUUCAUUUGGAAUGGGAGCAGUCUCCACCCUCUGAGGAUCUUACCAGUGAAGGCCUCUGUAACAGUAGAACAGCACAGUCAUUAGAGCUGGUACCACCUCUAUCUGGAACAGUACAACAGCACACUGGGUGUGUUUACAACCUUCCUGUCAUGAAGGAAAACAACCUCGAACAUGAGCAUCCAGGUACAAAGAACAAAGAUCAACAGGAAUGAGUUACUUUUAGGGAGUGUGGUGUUUUCAUGUAUUACUGCAUCUGUGUCUAAAAUCAGAAGUAAUUUAGCCUUGCAGAACAAAGUAUUGAUAUAAUGCCUAUUAAUACUGCAAUGUGUAUGUCCACUAUAACGAAAAGCAUUGUAUCUUUUUUCUACAAAUAUUUGCUAAAUCAAAUGCUUAGUGACCUUACUCAGUUGUGAUACUUGUAUGUUGUUGGACAUUAAUUUUGACUCUAGAAGUUGUAGUUGCUUUGUGUUCUCAUAAAAUAUUAUUAACUUUGAAAUGA